AAUUGCACGGCGCGGCGGGCUUGUUGUUUGCGCCCGCGUGGGUAAGGGCUAACGGUUUCCGGUAGUAGCCGCCCCGAGGGGCGGGGAAGAGACGCGGCUCUGUCCCGCGGUACCGGUCCACCCACGCCCCUCGACCCUCGCAGCAGCCGGGAGAUGAUGGGCUACGAGGCCUCGGAGCUGGAGUCCAUGCAAGACGAAGAGGCCGUACAGGCCCCGGAGCCGCGCGCCCCGGAACCCCGAGCCCCAGUGCCCGAGCCUGGCUUGGACCUGAGCCUGAGCCCGAGCCCGAGCCCGAGCCCGCUGCCCGAGAGCCCGAGGCGGCGUCCAGAGAGGGCGGGGCAGUGGGGCGGGGCCCGGAGGGGGCGGCAGGUCCGGUUUCGCCUGGCGCCUCUGUCCCCGGUCCGUUCCGAGCGGUCCGAGCCGUUGGGCGAUGCGGCGAGCGGGCCGCAGACGUUGGAGGCCCCGGCCCUGCAGAGCAGCCUGGCUCUGGGCCUGGAACUGCAGGCCGCGCGCGCCGCCGUCGCUCAGUUUGAUGCCUCGAAGGCCGCGGAGGAGCAGCUAAGCAGGUCGUUCCAGACCCGCUGCGUCCUGGAGGAGAGCGUGGCGGAGGGGUUGAACGUGCCGCGCUCCAGGCGGCUCUUCCGGGACCUGGUGAGCCUGCAGGUGCCGGAGGAACAGGUUCUGAAGGCGGCGCUUCGGGAGAAGCUGGCAUUGUUGCCGCCGCCGCAGGCCCGGGCCCCGCCCCCGAAGCAGGAGCCACCCGGGCCGGGGCCAGACAUGACCAUCCUCUGCGACCCCGACACUCUGUGUUACGAGGCUCCGCACCUGACGGUGGAAGGAUUGCCCCCCCUGCGGCUGCAAGCGCGGACCCGCCCGUCCGAGGACACCUUCCUCAUGCAUAGGACACUGAGGCGCUGGGAAGCUUAGGCCUAGCGACGCCGGGGGUUGCUAGUGUGGCUUUUUUUGUGAUAAAAAUUUUUCGUAGAAUAAAGUACUUUUUUGCUAA